AUGGUUAACCUAAGCGACAUUUUUAGAUCAGUGUUUGGGCUUCCUAAAGAACGACUUGGUCCUAACGAUUUGCCCAGGUACGUUUUGAAAUGGGAGGAACACGACAAAACAUGCUCAUGAAACAAUUGCAACCAUCUUGAAAUAUACUUCCGCACUUUCAUUUUGUGCCCACUUGACUACGUGCUGUAGUCAGUCUCGACUUUUUUUAUACUCGGUAUAAAAGAUUAAGUAAGACUACAAGGCACACUGUAGAUUUCUAUGGCUUGGUUUUCAUCGGCGCUUAAGCUUAAGCAUACGCAUAAGCACAUGUGUAAACAAGUGAAAACUGGGUCAGCAUAAGCAUAAGCACAAGAAAAACGGGAGAGUUCGUUCUUCUUGUGCUUGUGCUUAUGCCUAUGUCAUAGCUUUGACCAGUGAAAAGGAGGUUGAAGCACAAGGCCGUGGACCAAUCAGAAGUAACUUUGACCCAGACCUCAUGCGAACAUAUCAAAAGCAAUAUGGCGAGCACCUCGUCUGCCAUCUUGUUUAUCAUCAGGUUGACGAGAGCUGGUAUCGCGAAUUGAGUCUAAUAUGCCAUUCUGCGCUUGCUUAUGUCCUUGUGCUCAUGCUUAUGCACUAGUGAAAACCAGGUUUAUAGGAGAUGAUAGUUACUGAGAGACUUUUGGCCCACUAUCUGUAACAGAGGUCUAGAUUUCACCUUCUAAUAGUACCCUAAAGUUCCCAUAGUAGCGACUCCCCGAAAGUUACAACCCCCUUAAAGUAACGUUAAAAGUUUCUGACUUCUAAUGAAUCCCAAAACUAGCAAGUCCCCGAAAGUAGCAAGACGAAGUUUUUUUAAUUACAUUAUAAACAUACCCCAUUUUAUUGUUUUCCAAUUAUUGCAAUCCAUAGUCAAAUUUGUAUUGUACAACAAGGUAGUACAACUCGUUCCAGCAAGUGACAAGACAAUAUUGGUAUUUAAAUAUCCAGAGCCACCAAUGUGGCGGACAAAACGUGAAACUGGACAUAAUUAUGGACACAGUACCUUGUAACACAAAUAAAAUGUUUUUUUUAUAUAUAUAUUAUGUUGUGUAUUUUUCAUUCCGGAAAAGAGCUAGCACCAGCCUUGUUUUAUGGUUUUUUGUCCCUGAAAAUAAUGACACCCGGAGAGUAACGACACCCCGAAAUAUUCGAGCCCCAAAGGCUGCUAAUUCCAAAAGUAACGAGGGUCGCUACCAUGGGAACUUUCCAGUAUUUUCCUUUGUCAAUCAAACUUAUAGUAAUCGAACUGAGUCAAACUCAAUCCAUAUAUUGAGUUCAAUGCAGUUCAAAUAACACUUCUUUGUGAACUCUUUCAUAGCUAAUAACAUCACGGCCUAACUGACAGAUGACCAAUAACAGCGCAACUUAAUUGACCAUUUAGGUUAAUAACCAGAUUUUAAUGACGUCAACUGACAUGAUACAACUCACUUUGACUCAGAAGAUGACUACUGCACAGGUUGUUGAAACAUCAGUCACUGUCAACAACAGUCCUAUUCAGGACUUUGUUCACCCGGACGAUCAUGCUCAACCCACUUAUGAAAGAAGGCCCCCAUGGUGGGGGCUCGCUGGGCUGUUGACUGCGUAUACUUCCCAAAAUAUUAAACCACUGCAUCAGAUUAUAAUACACUUCUUUCCGGAUCGAGUGUGUAGCUGCUCCUAACCAGUGGAAUGUAAUAGUAUACAACUAUCCCCCGAAGGGGAGGUGAAUAGUAUACAACCAUCCCCGGAAGGGUAGCUGAAUAGUGGUGGAUAUAUAUCGAGAUGCGAAACGUCAGGGUAUAUUAAUAUAUCUAGCGCUAUGAACUGACCCCGAGGAGGAUAGUUGUUUUAGUAUUUACCAAAUCAGUUGGAUAAAAAAACAAAAAGGAAGUUUUUGUAAACAAAAGACGUCACUUAGUUAGAGUUUGUUUAUGUUUCAACUGACAGUGUUUCAGGAAUCAUUUUUUAUGAUUUUGUUGCAAAUUCAGGAAGAAAUUUUUUUUCUCUACCAGCCAGUAAACACUGACAAGCCAAAUUUUGUCUCUUUCUUGGUAUUUGUUGAUGCAGCUGUUUCAUUUACUGCUAAAAUUUUACCUUUCAAAACUGUUGCAAAGUAAGAAGCCAUAUUGAAUCCUGUCGCAAAACAGUGAAUAUCCAAGGAUAUUCUGAGUUAUGGGAGCCAAUCAGAACACGUGAAAAUUGCUAUCCACUGAUUUGGUGAAUACUAAUGGUGGAGAUAUACAUAGAUCUGAAGUGUCGAGGUAUAUAUCAAGCGAAAACAAGCAACUUUUUGAAAAUUAGAAAUGUCACUUACCGGUAGUAGGAACUUUGUGUACAAUUUACAAACAUUUUGGGGAUUUUGUCAAGUGCAUUUUUACGAUUUUGUUGCAAAUUCAACGUGAAAAUCAUUUUCUACCUUCUGGUAAACACUGACAAGCUAAAGUUCAUCACUUUAGUGGUAUUUGUUUGUGCGACUGCUUCAUUUAUCCUGAUUUUUCGC